AUGGAGAAGCGAGGGGUGGAGCCCCAGGAAGCAGGCGGCGGCGACGACGAGGAAGCGGACUCGACUCGGGCCAUGGAGCGGGCGGAGGCGGGGGCGCCCGGCGGCUGGCCCGGGGCGCUGGAGCCUGACGAGCUUGACGACCUCCCUUGGUUUCAUGAUGAGCUGGAACCAGCAGGAAGUUCUUCAUGUGGAGUGAUAGUACACAUGGAUCUGGAUUGCUUUUAUGCACAAGUAGAAAUGAUCUCCAAUCCAGAACUAAAGGACAAACCUUUAGGGGUUCAGCAGAAAUAUUUGGUGGUUACCUGCAACUAUGAAGCUAGGAAACUUGGAGUUAAGAAACUUAUGAGUGUCAGAGAUGCAAAAGAAAAAUGUCCACAGCUAGUAUUAGUUAAUGGAGAAGACCUGACUCGUUACAGAGAGAUGUCAUACAAGGUUACAGAGUUGUUGGAAGAAUUUAGUCCAGUUGUUGAGAGACUUGGGUUUGAUGAAAAUUUUGUGGAUAUAACAGAAAUGGUUGAGAAGAGACUAGAGCAGCUUCAGAGUGAUGAGCUCUCAGCACUGACUGUGUCGGGCCAUGUAUACAAUAAUCAACCUGUAAACCCACGUGACACGUUGCAUAUCAGACUCCUUGUUGGAUCUCAUAUUGCGGCCGAGAUGCGGGAAGCCAUGUACCAACAGCUGGGUCUCACUGGCUGUGCUGGAGUGGCAUCUAACAAAUUAUUGGCAAAAUUAGUUUCUGGCGUCUUUAAACCAAAUCAACAAACAGUCUUACUACCUGAAAGUUCUCAAGAUCUCAUUCAUAGUUUGAACCACAUAAAGGAAAUACCUGGUAUUGGCUAUAAAAUGGCCAAACGUCUGGAAGCACUGGGCAUCAGUAGUGUGCGUGAUCUUCAGACCUUUUCAUCCAAAAUAUUAGAAAAGGAAUUAGGAAUUUCAGUUGCUCGGCGUAUCCAGAAGCUCAGUUUCGGAGAGGAUGACUCUCCUGUGACUCCCUCAGGACCACCUCAGUCCUUUAGUGAGGAAGAUUCAUUUAGAUGUUCAUCAGAAGUUGAAGCUAAAACUAAGAUUGAAGAACUACUUGCUAGUCUUUUGAACAGAGUCUGCCAAGAUGGAAGGAAGCCACAUACAAUAAGAUUAGUAAUCCGUCGGUAUUCAUCUGAGAAGCUCUGUAACCGGGAGAGUCGUCAGUGCCCAAUUCCAUCUCACAUAGUUCAGAAGUUAGGGGCAGGAAAUUAUGAUGUGAUGGCCCCAAUGGUUGAUAUCCUUAUGAAACUUUUUCGAAAUAUGGUGAAUGUGAAGAUGCCAUUUCAUCUUACCCUAUUAAGUGUGUGCUUCUGCAACCUUAAAUCCCGAAAUACUCCUAAGAAAGGGACUAUUGAUUAUUAUUUAACACCUUCAUUAUCAACAACUUCACACACUGGAAAGCGCAGUUUUAAAAUGAAAGACUGUCAUAUGGAGGAUUUUUCUAAAGACAAGCAAACAAAUCGGGAUUUUCUAUCAACUGGAAGGAUUGAAAGUACAAGAACUGGGGAGUCUCCACCAGAUCCCACAAAUUCUUCUAAAGAAAAAGACAGUAAUGAAUUUCCCCUCUCCUUACUUCCUGAGGAUAUUGACCAAGAAGUCUUUAAGCAGCUUCCUGUAGAUAUUCAAGAAGAAAUCCUUUCUGGAAAAUCUCGAGAAAAAGUUCAAGGAAAAGGAAGUUUGAGUUGUCCAUUACAUGCUUCUAGAGGAGUAUUGUCUUUCUUUUCUAUGAAACAAAAACAGGAUAGUUCCUUAAAUCCUAAAGAUCAUGUACCUAAUAGCAAACAGGUCUCUGUACCUCCCUGUGAACCAGGGACAUCAGGCGGUAGCAGUUCCUUGUAUGUGUCUAGCCAAAAAGAUUAUUCACAUUAUUUAGACAGUAGCUUAAAAGAUGAACUAAUGAGUCAAGGACCUAAAGAAUCUCAAGGAUUCCACUUUUCAAAUACAAACCCUGCUGUAUCUGUUUUCCGUUCAUUUCCAAAUUUGCAGAGUGAGCAACUUUUCUCCAAAAACCGCAUGACAGACAGCCAUAAGCAACCAGUGGCCACAGUCUCUCAUCAUGAAGGACUUAAAGAAAAUAGAGAGCAAGAGUCUCCCGAUGAGAAAAUUACUUUUCCUUCUGACAUUGAUCCUGAAGUUUUCUAUGAACUGCCUGAAGAGGUACAAAAAGAACUGUUGGCUGAUUGGAAGAGAACGGGAUCAGAUUUCCACACUGUACAUAAAUGAGCAUGCUCCAAAAAAGGGAAAGACCAUUUUUCUCAGAUUAACAGUUUAUUAAGCUCUUCUAAA